UGACAAACUGUUGUCUAUCAUGGUUUUUAUUUUAUUUAUUUUAAGUGUUUAUACAGUUCUUUUCAACUGUAUUGAUUGCAGACAGUUCCGUAGCGACUACAAAUUUCAUCAAGAGGUGAAUGCCUGGGUCAAACUGCAUCAAGUGCCUGCUACUUGGGAAGAUGCUAGACUUCGUUGUGAGUUGGAAGGUGCAAUCCUGGCAUCACCUCACACACGAAACUUGGAGCUAAUCAUGAGACGAGUGAUGGCUGAUACUCACUCGGAGGCCUCGGGGGUGUUCACAGGGGUCCACGCGACCUUCUCGAAGGGAGACUUCUAUUCAGUCGAUGGUAUACCUCUUCGAAAAAUGCCAGUCCAAUGGAUGCCCAGCGAACCAGAUAAUCUGAAUAACGCAGAAAACUGCAUCGUUAUGGUGGCCAAUGGAACGAUAGCUGACGUGAGCUGUGACGAAGUUUAUCCAUACGUUUGCUUCAAAAAGAGGACUAAAAAUAUGAUCAUGAACGCUUGCGGUACUACUGACCCAGAAUAUAAACUGGACGAGAGAACGGGGAAUUGCUACAAGAUUCAUUUGACUCCUCGGAACUGGACCAGGGCUUUCAUGGUGUGUUCAGCAGAAGGAGCACACCUGGCCAUCAUCAACAGUGAUGAGGAAGCAAAUGUUCUGAAAGGGUUGCAUGGGAGACACAAGGCGGAGAAGCUGCCGUAUGACACAAUAUUCUUGGGCUUCCAAGAUUGGGGAGAGGACGGAGUGUGGACUACCAUACAUGGGCAAUCAUUAGAGGAAGCAGGAUACGCGAAGUUCCACCCAGGCGAGCCAGACAACGCCAGCCCUGGUGAGCACUGCGGCUCCAUGUUCAGGAAUGGGCUCUUCAACGACGCCUGGUGUUAUGUGAAACUCGCUUUUAUUUGUGAGAAGACCGUCGACAGCCUCCUCGAUGACACUGAUGUUUAAUUAGUAAAGAACAGGAAACAACAGGGGGUACCAUAUGCUAACAGCUAAAGCAUUAUUCAUUUAGAAAUUAAAGACUGUAUGAUCUAAA